AUGCUGGCCAGCCCCUACUACUUCCUUCCCCCAGGCCUUGCUGGCGACGCGCCGCCACCCCCCGAGGCCCCGAUGCCGGACAUGGCAGGCGCGGCCCCCGGCCCCGAGGCCAUCCCCGAUCCCGUCGACCAGCCGGCCGGCGACGCGCUCCCCGGCCCGGGCUCGAUCGGCCAGAGGCCAGACACUCGCCGGUCGGCCGCGGCCGCCACUCCCUCCUCGGAGAAGGCGGCCCCGCCGUCCCCACGUCCCGCACCGAGCGGGGCAUCCCUCGCCGCGGGUGCGCCCGCACCCAUGUCCUCGCUGCCGCCACCGCCGCCGCCCCCUUCAAGUGCUGCAUACCCCUACGCGUACAUGUAUCCGUACGGGGCGGGCGUGGCGCCGCCACCGCCGGCUGCUGGCACGGCCGCCGCGGCGGCCGCGGCAGCCGCGGCCGCGGCCGCCGCCGUCUCGGCCUACCCUCCCUACUUCGGCCUCGGGGGGCUUGGCAGCCUCUUUGGCCUGUCCCUGGCCGGCCCAAGCGGCCCGGGGUUCCUGUCCACGACGACGGCAGCCGCAGCCGCGGCGGCGGCCGCGGCGGCCGCCGCUCCGCACCCCUCGCUGCCCGGCGACCCGAAGCCCCCGGCCGGAGCCGAGCCCCCGGCGGCCGCGGGCUUCCCCUUUUCGCCGCCCAUCUCGGCCUCCUCCUCGUCGGCGGCCUGCUCCGGGGCCUCCUCUUCCUCCUCCUCCUCCUCCUCCUCCGGGUCCCUGGUGGGAUCGGCCUCAUCGGUCACCGGCGGCCCGGCCGGCGCCGAGAGCCCCAUGCCGCAUGCGGCCUCGGCCCUGGUGCCGGAUGCCGCGCUGCUCUUUCCCCCUUUGGGCGGCGGCGGCGGCGGCGGCGGCGGCGGUGGGGCGGCGGCCAUUGCGCCGGGCUACCCGCUGAUGGGCCCCGGCUCCGGGACCGCCGGCGAUCUCUUCUCCACGGCGGCGCUUAACUCCUACACGGCGGCGCUGACGACCCUGUCGGCGGCGCUGCAAGCGGGCGGCCACACUGCCACCAUGGCGACCGCCCUGGCCGCGUCCAUCCUGACAAGCCCCUACGGCGGCCUCUAUUCGCCCUUCCUGUCGCCGGGCGGGCUGUUUGGGCCGGCCGCCGCCGCCGCCGCCGCCGCCGCCGCCGCGGCCGCUUCCAACGGGGGCUUCGGCCUUGGCAGCAGCAGCGGCGGCGGCGGCGGCGACGUCACCGCCACCGCCAGCCCCGGGGCCGGGGCCGGCCCCCUCCCCAUGUCGCCCUACCUGGCCGGGGUGCUGGCUCGGCCGGCCUCCACGCCGGGGGGCCCCAUGCCGACGGCGGCGGCCCCGGCCCCAGGGCCCGACGCCGCCCGGCCCGGCUCUUCGGCCGCCCCCCUCGAGCUUGGUGUGGGCGUGCCUUCGCGCCAUGCCUUCGGCGUGGCCCCGGGCCCGGGCGACCCGAGCCUCUCGUCGCACCACCGCAAGCUGUCCGGUCUGCCGGGUCUCGGGAACCCCCCCUUCCCGGGGCCCGGUCCCUCCGCCGCGGCAGACCCUUCGGCUGCCGGUGCCGCGCAGCCGCUCUCCCCAUCGAGCCUCCCGCCAUCGCCCCCAUCGGCGGCGGCGGCGGCGGCGGCGGCGGCGGCGGCGGCGGCGGCGGCGGCCAUGGCGACCACCAUCACGGCCGGCCCGCGCGCGGGCGGCCUGCCGCCAGCAGCGGCCUAUCACCAUGCGGCCUCCGCCGCCGGGAGUGCCUUCACGACGGCCGCCGACUCGGCGAUCUCCUCCUUCGGGUUGCAGCAUGCUCCGGUGCCGGGGCCCCGGCGCCGGGGCGGUCGUGCCUCGCUCGCGCCGGAUGCCGAGCCCGGUGCCGGUCCCGCCCGGCGCCGGCGCGCUGGCCCGGCCCCCCUGUCCUUGACGUCGACGCCCUCGCUGCCGGCCCCAUCGCCGACGCCCCCACCGCCGGCCCCGGCAUCCCCGGCCGCCCCGAAGUCCGCCCAGCACUUGGCCGUCUUUGCCACAGGCGCGGCGGCCUCCUCCCUCGGGCCGCUGGAUCAUGCGCGCAUCCAGGACGGGCUGCUUCCCUUCCUGCCGGUUCGGCUGGUCGGCCAUGCGCGCAACGCCCUGUCAUCCGGCCGCCCGGGGCCGGGGCCGCCAGCGUCGGACUCGGCCGUCGGGUCUGCCGGGCGGCCGGCCCUCCGGGCCCCGGAUGCCCCUGGGCCGGCGGCGGGCCCGGUUGCCCGGCCCUCGUCCGGCGCCUGGGCGGACUUCCUCUUUGGCGGGACCCCCGGAGCCGAGGAGGGGUCUUCGGCUGCCCGGGUGGCGGCCGGCCGGGCACCGGUGAAGGGGGUCCCCCCUUCGGCGCCGGGUCUCCCUGCAUGGUCGCCGAGUGCGGCCACCAGCACCGGGGACCGGUGGCCGCCUGCGCAUGGCGCGGGCAAGGCGCGCGCGCGGGCUGGCGGCUCCCCCCCGACCGGGCCCACUUCGAAUGGCUGGCGUCACCGCUGGGCGGCCCUCCGUCGGCGGGAGCUGGAAGAGCGCGUCCGCUUGACGGCCCUUGCCCGGGUGCAAAUCGCCGCCUCCAUCCGCAGGCUGCUGCAGGACCAUCUGGGCGGCCCGGCCCCCGAGGCCCCUUGUGUUUGCGGUGUGUGCGGCCCGGUCGCGGCGCUGCAUGCGCUGGCGGCUCGUCGCGCUGCCGAGGCCCCCCUCUCCGCGCCGGACCUCGCCCCGGCCGUGUCCAGUCUGGUGGCUGACAUCCUCCGGCGGUCGGUCACCCGCGAUGCGGUGCUCCUGGGCCGGGAUCCCGGCGAUGGGAGCCUCGCUGAGCUGGUUGCCUGCCUCCUGACGGCCGCCGGCGGCGGCAUCGGGCCUGCCGCCUCCUCCGCCUCCCUCCCCCCGGCUGUUGGGGGAGACGCGCCGGUCGCCGAGGGUGCAUCCGUCACCGAGGGUGCAUCCGUCACCGAGGGUGCAUCCGUCACCGAGGGCGCAUAUCUCGCCGGCGAGAGCACACCACUCGACCAAGCCGCGCCACCCAGCCAAGCCGCGUCACUCGACCAGGACGCCCCUGCCGCCAAGGAUGUUCCCACCCUCGAGCAUGCGCCACCUCUCGGGGCUACAUCCAUGGCCAGGCCCCCUCCCAAGAGUGCCCCCGCUCCUGGUGAUACUUCAGAUGAUCCCCCCGGGGCUGCUCCAGCCCCUGGGCCCGGACCAGCUCCCGGGUCCUGUCCCGCUUCGCGGCCAGCCCCUCCGCCGACGAGUGCGGGCCUGCCCGCGGGGGGCACCCGCUUGCUGGCCCUCGCCGAUGCCGCCCCCUCCUCGCCGGGCGUCGGGCAUUUGCCAUCGCUCGACGUGAUUCUGUCCCCCGGCCAGGGGGCACAGCGGGUGCUUGCCCGAGUGCUGGUCCCCGACCCCGGGCCCGGGGUCAACCGGCGAUCGCUGGUCGUGAGCAUGGGGGCCCGGCGGCACCUGCGGCAUGCGGUCCUCUCGCCGGUGGACGAGUCGCUCUUCCUGCAGCUGGGGCCGCUGCCUCGCAAGCGCCGCGUCGAAAUCACAUCCCUGCUUCGGACGCUGGUGGCGCCAAAGCCCGAGCCGGCGUCGUCGUCGUCGUCGUCGUCGUCGUCGUCGUCGUCAUCGUCGUCAUCGUCGGCGGACAUGGCCGAGGCAGCCGAGGCGAAGCCCCCCGCGAAGGGGCUCGCCGAGGAGCCCCGGCCAUCGGCGGCCGAUGGCGGCCCCGGGUCCCCGGCCUUGAAGGGGGCCGCGCGGCCGUCCAAGCGCCGGCGCCUGCAGUCCCCCCUGCCGUCGACCGCCCCGAAGGCCGACCUCCCCGGCUCGGGCCCCGCCACCCCGCCGCAGCAUCAUGGGGUCCUUCGGAUCAAGUUUUCGCACGCGGCGGAGACCGCGUCCGGCGGCGGGUCGCCCACCGUGGAGCUGGUCCCCAGCCCGGCGGUCAUGGCGGCGGCGGCCAACAAGUCCAAGCGGUGGGCCGGGGGCGCAUCGCGCGAUCGCCGUGGCCGGCGCGGGUCCCUGCUGCCGGGCAGGUCCUCGUCGCCAUCGCCGGCCGCCGGGGGCUCGCCCUCCUCCGGUCUGGCAUCGCGGUCCCCCUCGCCCGGGAGCAGUGCCCGGUCGUCGCCGGCCCCGCCGGACACCCCGGGCUCGGCUGGCGAUCGCGGGGGCGCCGGCGGUGCCCCGUCCCCCUGGGCGGCCACCAAGCGGCUGCCCCGGCGGCGGCCGUCCGCCAGCUUGCGGGCCUUCACCGGGGACCUGCCGAUGAUCGGCGGUCUUCGUGGGGACAUGGAGAAUGCCGCGCGUCUGGCCGCCGAGAUGGUGGCCAUCCGCCGGGCGGCCGUGGUGCAUGUGCCCAAGUGGCGGGCCCUGCCGGCCGACUGGCGGUGGGACGUGCCGGGCCACUCGCCCGAGCACCUGCUCGGGGCCGACCCCUCGGAUGAGGACACCGAUGACGAGGCGUACGCCGCCCGGCAUGAGGCCCUCCGGCAGCUGGAAAUCAGCGACCGCCGGCAGUUGUUCCGGUUCAAUUAUGACCCGAGUGCCCCGGUGCCCGGGGUGCCGGAGGUGGCGGCCUCGCCCGCGCGGCGCCCCUCGGCCCCGCGUCCGCCGACCCAGCGGCCGGACCGCGGGCGUGGCGGCAGCAGCCGUCGUGGCGGGGCCCGGCCGGCGGCGGCGGCGGCAGCGCCGGGGGACGCCGGCGACCGCGUGCCCGACACGCGGCGCUCGCACAAGGCGCGCCCACGCUCUCCCCGGCCGGUGGCCGUAGCGCGGCGCUUUUCCUCGCGCCUGCGCGCGUCCUCCACCGGCCAGACCGAGCCCAAUGUCCCUUCGGCGGUCGAUGGUGCGGCUUCCCCGGCGGCUGAGGCCGUGACUUCCCUAGCGGUUGAGAGCGCGGCUUCUCCGACACCACCCGAGAGCGCGGCCUCUCCGACACCACCCGAGAGCGCGGCUUCUCCGACACCACUUGAGGGCGCGGCCUCUUCGUCAGCCCCCGAAAGCACUGCGCCACCCGAAGCCGGGCCCGUGGCGAGCGCCGAGGACGACUCCCAGCCCCCGGCGGCGGCCAUGACAGAGGCCGCGGCCCGGCUGUCCCCCACCCCCCCGGCGGUGUCUCAGCAGGAGCUCCUCCCCCUCCCGGGGUCGGCCCAGCUCGAGGCCACCGCUGUGGUGACGCCCAUUCGUGCCACCCCCCGGCGGUCUUUCCGCCUGCCGACGCCCGUUUCGGCCUUCCGUCGGCGCAGUGCACGCUUCCAGUCCCCCGGCGCUGAGGAGGAAGCCAGCACCCCCCCGCCGGUCCCAUUGGACAAGUCCACUGGGCCGGUGUCCCCUCCUGGGGGGGCGCCAGGCCCGCAGCAGCAGGGGCCACCACGGCCGCUGAUGCCGUCCUCCCCCUCCCGGCCAGCGAAGCGCUCGCGCUGCCACGUUGCCGCUGUCGCCGCCGCCGCUGCCGCCGCCGCCACUACCCCGCCGGCCCCGUCGGCACUGGCGCCUCGGCAGUCGGUCACCCCGACAGCGGUUGCCGCCUCGCCCCUCCGACGGUCGUCACGCUGCCGCAUGCCCCUGCCCGAGUGA